CAGUUUCUAAAAUUAAAAAAUUUGUCGCCAGUUCCGGCCCCCAUACGUCCCGACGCUCGCAGGGACCGGAACACGGAAGCCGGAUGCCGGCAUCUGCCGGAGGAGAUGGCCAGGGACGUUGCAGGGGACGCAUCGCGGGAGCGAAGGACAAGGUCAAAAUUAAAGAUGGAAGACAUCAAAGAGGUUAACAAAGCUCUUAAGGGUCAUACAUGGCUUAAAGACGAUGAAGCAACAGGGUGUAAACAAUGUAAAAAAGAAUUUUCUAUUUCAAGACGAAAGCAUCAUUGUCGAAAUUGUGGAGAUAUAUUUUGCAAUACAUGCUCAAGUAAUGAACUUUCACUGCCAUCAUACCCAAAGCCUGUACGUGUGUGCGACACCUGCCAUAACUUACUGCUCCAGAGAUGUUCUUCAAAUUGUUCUUAA